AUGGUUAUGAGUAAAUGGUCGUUACUGGAAAGAAACCGUAAACCACGUCAAAUUCGAAUGCGCACUAAUGCUGCGGGACGUCAAAAACAACAACGUGUACGUAAACUACGCUUACAACAUUUAUUGAAAGAAUCCACCUCGUCCUCAGCAGGCAUGUCUCGAUAUUCAUAUGUGGCCAUGAUUUCACUUGAAACGUUUUACAGUGUAUUUUUUUCGUUUCAAGAAACUAGAUCAACAGUGGAUAAUUCGAAUAAUAUAAAAACCAAAACGGUAGCAUGGCUGCAAAAUCCAGAUGUAUCUACUGAACCUAAGCAAGAUAUCGUCGAUGAUGACGGCGAUUCUAGGGUUUCAAACGCGGAUUACUUCCAUGCUAUCGUGCAUGCGGUUGCACCCGGUCCCCUAGAUAUUCCUGCCAUUUAUCGUACUCAUGCCAUUAUACCUUCUGCAACUCAGGAGAAUAUUUCAACUGCAGUUUCUUUAGCUCCAGAAAGUUUUUUCAAUAAAGGUGACAAAAAAGAAUCAGUUUACAUUGAAAAAACUGAUAAAAUCUCACUGAUCAGUGCUAAUUAUACGACUGCAAAAUGUACACUCUAUACUGGUAUCCACUGGAAUGCAACUACUAAUUUUGGUUCUGAUCACGUUGGUAAACAAUCAUUACGUAAGUUUAUUACGUAA